UUUGGACUAAAAACCACCAUUUAUUCUCAAAUCUCAACACACAAUCCAUCCAAAAAGCCUCUACACAGCUUCUCUAACCAUCUCUGCAACCUUCUUCGUCUUGUUUUAUAGCUCAUGCAUGAAGCCAGAAACUAAAACAACAUAGCAAAGCAGUCUAAACUUUUGCUUUCAACAAAAAUGGCGAAUUGGAAAUACCCAAGAAAACCCACCAAGAAAACGACACACAAGAAGAGGCAGCAGCAGAGCCAACAACAGGUCCAGAAAUCAGAGAAGCCUCCGCCACCGCCGCCUUCAUGGACAGUCAUGAAAGGCAUCUUCAGCUGCAGAGAUCUCCAAACCCAACAACAGCAACAGCAGCAGAAGAAGAAAGAUCAGAAACAAGAAGAAAACAAGCAGAAGAAGGCGCAGAAGCAUAAAAAGCACCAGGAGGACAACAGCAGCAGCAGCAGCAGCAAGAAAUGCAAGAAAAUGAGGUGCUCUGUUUCACUAUGCAACAACAACACUACCACCAAAAUAGUUUCAGCUCUGCCCCCUAAUUUGACCGAUCUCGCAAACAAUGGUGGCGGCAGCAGCAGAAGCGAGAGAGGCAGGGGAGGAAGUAGUAGUGGUGUUGUUUCAAGUUCGUCAAUGGUGACAACAACAAACUCAUUCAGGGGAAUGCCAUUCAGCCGAUUCUCUGGCUGCUACGAGUGCAGAAUGGUGGUCGACCCUGUUCUUGGCGGCUUCACCAAAGUUCCCAAUUCCUUGAGAAGCCCCACCAUUUGGUCUUGCCCUGAUUGCCCUCACAUCUUCAUGAACCCACAAAGCUUGGAGCUUCACCAGGCCGUUACCCACGCUGUAUCUGAACUGGGAGCAGAGGACACGAGCAAGAACAUAGUGGAGAUAAUCUUCCAGUCGAGCUGGCUAAGAAAGGAAGGCGGCGGCGGCGGCGGCGGCGGCGGCGGCGUUGCCCCAAUGUGCAAAAUAGACAGAAUCUUGAAAGUCCACAACACGCAGAGCAGGGUGUCGAAGUUCGAAGAGUACAGAGAUUCAAUCAAGGCGAAAGCCACAAGUUUCCCCAAGAAGCAUCCACGCUGCAUUGCCGACGGGAACGAGCUGUUGAGGUUCUAUUCAGCGAAUUUCCGGUGCGCACUCGGGCUGAAUGGUUCGUCGAACCUCUGCUGCUCGGCGGAAAAUGUCGACGGCGGCGGCGGGUGCUGCAACGCGUGCAGCAUUAUUAGGGAUGGGUUUGUCGGCGGAGGGGAGAAGGGGAUUUUGACGACGGCGACGAGCGGGAGGGCGCACGAGGAGAAGGUGGGGGCGGCGGCGGCGGCGGAGGGGAAGAGGGCGAUGCUGGUUUGCAGGGUUAUAGCUGGGAGGGUGAUGAAGAAGAAGAUUGGAGGUGGAGGUGGAGUUGGGUCGAUCGAUGAGUUAUUUUAUGACUCGGUGGCGGGUGAUAAUGUCGGGUUGUAUUCGAAUUUGGAUGAGCUCUAUGUGUUCAAUCCCAUGGCUAUUUUGCCUUGCUUUGUUGUUAUCUAUGGCGGAUUCUAGUUUACAGGAUGUGGAAAAAGGAAGAAAAUUUUCCAAUCGAAAUGCAGAUGUUUUGAUGGGCAUGGUUGAUUGUGUUUAAAAUAAACCUGUGUUUGUUUGAUUGCGGAUAGGUUGGGGAUUCGCCGGCAGCAAGUGACGGCCGUCGGCCAGUCUUUGGCUUAUUGAUUGGAACAUCCGGUGAGCAGGGGAUAGAGCUAGGACUUUGCCUCGUCUUUUUCUUUCUGUUUACCAGACACAGAACAUACAACUUUUUCUUUUUUCCUUUUCAAUUCAGCAAUAAAGGCGACUCAACAGCCUCUUCGACUCAAGAAAUUGGUUUUGGUCUAUAUGUUGGAAGGUCAAGGAUUGGAUUGACAAUGGUUGAGUGGAUUUUGGGUUUAAAUUGAUAGAGUAAAGGGAUAUUAUUGUU